AUGCAAAAAAUACUUCACGUGAGUUUCAAACCCACGACCAAGGCCCCGGGGAUGCGGCCGCAGAUGUUGAUCAUCUCCCGCGGGGGCAAGCGGAAGCUGCUGAACCUGGAGGAGGUGGCGGCGGCGGCGACGGAGCUCGGGUUCAACGUGACGGAGGCGGGGGCGCACGUGGCGGCGUUCGCAGCGUUGGUGAACGCGGCGGACGUGCUGCUGGCGGUGCACGUGGCUGGGCUGACGAACCAGAUCUUCCAGCCGACGCAGGCGGUGGUGCUGCAGAUCGUGCCGUGGGGGAACAUGGACUGGAUGGCCACCAACUUCUACGGGCAGCCGGCACGGGACAUGCAGCUCCGGUACGUGGAGUACUAUGUCGACGAGGAAGAGUCGAGGAGACGACAGGGGUGGCAGGCGCUCACCGAGACCAUCAUGAAGCAGGACGUGAAGGUGAACCUCACCAGGUUCGGCCCCUUCCUGCUCCAGGUCAUCGACAAGCUGCAGGAGUAG